UCCCUCUCCCUCUCCCUCUCCCUCUCCCUCUCUGGAGUAUAUAUAUAGGGGGAGAGCGACCGCUGCUCACUUCAUCUAAAUUAAGCCAAGUUGUACCUUUUGCUUUGCUCCCCCCCCGGGUUCUUUAUAUUAUACUUCUUCCUUGUAUCUGAGAGAGAGAGAGAGAGAGAGAGAUGGGGAGUAGUGAACGUGGCAAUGGAAGCUCAGAGACUGCGAAGAAGAUGGAGUUGCCGGAGAUCAAGUUCACCCAGCUGUUCAUCAAUGGUCAAUUCGUCCCUCCUAUUUCAGGGAGGACAUUUGAGACAAUUGAUCCAAGAACGGAGGAAGUGAUAGCAAACAUAGCAGAAGGAGAUAAAGAAGACAUAGAUUUGGCCGUAAAAGCUGCACGUGAAGCUUUUGACAACGGCCCAUGGCCUCGCCUCUGCGGUUAUGAGAGAGGAAGGAUAAUGUUAAAAUUGGCAGACUUAAUUGAAGAGAACAUUCAAGAGAUAGCCACCUUGGAAUGUCUUGACACCGGGAAGAUCUUCGGUUUAGCCAUCGGUGUCGACAUCCCCUCUGCAGUCAAGAGUCUGCGUUACUACGCCGGCGCUGCAGAUAAAAUCCACGGAGACACACUGAAGAUGUCCGGCGAGUACCAGGGGUACACCCUGAUGGAGCCCGUUGGCGUGGUGGGACUCAUCGUCCCCUGGAACUUCCCCUCCCUCAUGCUCUUCACCAAGCUUGCCCCUGCUCUGGCCGCCGGCUGCACCAUGGUCGUCAAGCCCGCUGAGCAGACUCCUCUCACCGCUCUCUUCUAUGCUCAUCUUUCCAAGCUGGCUGGCAUUCCAGACGGAGUGAUCAAUUUUGUACCCGGGUUUGGACCGACGGCAGGCGCUGCCAUUAGCUCUCAUAUGGACAUCGACAAAGUAAGUUUUACGGGGUCGACGGAGGUUGGACGUCUGGUAAUGGCCGCAGCAGCAAGCAGCAAUCUAAAACCAGUAUCAUUAGAGCUGGGAGGGAAGUCCCCUCUUCUCAUUUUCGACGAUGCUGAUAUCGACAAAGCUGCUGACCUUGCUCUCCUCGGCUCCCUAUUUAACAAGGGAGAGAUCUGUGUGGCAGGAUCUCGCGUGUUUGUGCAAGAAGGGAUAUACGAUGAAUUUGUGAACAGGCUGGUGGAGAAGGCAAAGGCUUGGGUGGUUGGAGACCCUUUUGAUCCCAAUGUUUCCCAAGGGCCUCAGGUAAACAAGAAGCAAUUUGACAAAAUUCUUUCAUAUAUUGAGCAUGGCAAGAGAGAAGGAGCCACCCUCCUAAUUGGGGGAAAGCCUACCCACAACAAGGGAUACUAUAUUGAACCAACAAUUUUUGUAGAUGUCAAGGACGAUAUGUUAAUUGCUAAGGAUGAAAUAUUUGGACCUGUCAUGUCACUCAUGAAAUUCAAGACUGUGGAUGAGGCAAUUGCAAGAGCAAACAAUAGCAGAUAUGGUUUGGUGGCGGGGAUCAUAACGAAGGACUUGAAUAUAGCAAACACCGUGUCAAGAUCAAUUAAGGCAGGCAUGAUUUGGAUCAAUUGUUAUUUUGCUCUUGACAUGGAUUGUCCAUAUGGAGGAUAUAAGAUGAGUGGGUUUGGAAGAGAUUGUGGGUUGGAUGGCCUUUACAAGUAUCUCCAAGUCAAGUCUGUUGUCACUCCCAUUUAUAGAUCCCCUUGGCUGUGAAUUAUACAAGCAAUUGUGGUGAUAGAUAGUAAAUUUCAGAUGCCGCUUACUCUCGUGGACGUAGGCAUUCUGUUGAACCAUGUUAAUUUUUGUCUCAUUGUUUAUUUGCUUUCCUUAUUAUCUGUGUAAUUGUGUUUCCAUAUUAUUCAUAGUUAGUUACUGCAUUGCACGAUUCAGGAGUUUCUCCUAUGCAUUAAUUUGCACAACAUGUGGAUUGUGGAAAACAAAUCCUAACGUUUUCUGAAACAUUUCCUAAUUUAGUGAAUGUUGUGUUUGUACUUUUUGAUAAAAUAAGAAGUUUUUUUUUUCUUGCUUUA